AAGCUAUAGUUGCAUUCUUCCCCGGGUGAUUCCACCGAUUUCCAUUUUCCUCUUAUCGUUUUAGCCCUCGGUCUGUUCAGAUAGUGCAAGCUUCAACAUCCCGCGCCCCUUCUCGCGGUAUAGAACGCCGUUGUCUAGCAGCGGAGCAUGCGCAUGGCGAUCUUGGGAGGAUCACCAUGGACAAAGAUAAGGGCUUUUCCCUUUGAGAUUGCGCCUCCGAUUCUACAUCAGUCUAAUCUCUUUUACAGGCGAAGAGUCAUCCACUUCCGAAGGAGCUUUUCAGUCUCUGCCUUUUCUGUUCCUGAGCAGAGAGCCGAAGGAGCAGUUCGCGUUCGAUUUGCACCUUCACCUACUGGGAACCUUCAUGUUGGUGGGGCGCGAACAGCCUUGUUUAAUUACUUGUUUGCUAGGUCCAAAGGCGGGAAGUUUGUUUUGAGAAUUGAAGAUACUGACUUGGAGAGGUCUACAAAGGAGUCUGAGGAAGCCAUGUUGAAAGAUCUUUCUUGGCUUGGUCUUGAUUGGGAUGAAGGUCCUGGUGUUGGUGGAGAUUAUGGACCAUAUAGGCAGUCUGAGAGGAAUUCUUUGUACCAACAUUAUGCUGAUAAACUUUUGCAGUCUGGUGAUGUCUUUCGCUGCUUCUGCUCUAAUGAGGAAUUAGAAAAAAUGAAGGAGAUUGCUAAACUACAGCAACUGCCUCCGGUAUACACUGGUAAAUGGGCCAGUGCAAGUGACGAGGAAGUGCAAGAAGAGCUGGAAAAGGGGAUCCCUUACACAUACCGAUUUCGUGUUCCAAAAGGAAGUUUAAAAAUUAAUGAUCUCAUCAGAGGUGAAGUUAGUUGGAAUUUGGAUACCCUUGGAGAUUUUGUGAUCAUGAGAAGCAACGGUCAGCCUGUUUACAAUUUUUGUGUAACGGUGGAUGAUGCAACCAUGGCUAUUUCCCACGUUAUCAGGGCGGAGGAACAUUUACCAAACACACUGAGGCAGGCGUUAAUAUACAAGGCACUAGGAUUCAGCAUGCCUCACUUUGCACAUGUCUCUCUUAUUCUAGCUCCUGAUCGUAGUAAAUUAUCAAAACGACAUGGUGCAACAUCAGUCGGUCAGUUCAGGGAGAUGGGAUACCUACCUCAAGCAAUGGUGAAUUACUUGGCCUUGUUAGGUUGGGGUGAUGGAACGGAAGAUGAAUUUUUCACCAUCGAGAAACUUGUUGAAAAAUUCACAAUUGAGCGUGUUAACAAAAGUGGUGCUAUAUUUGAUUCCACUAAGUUAAGAUGGAUGAAUGGUCAGCAUUUAAGAGCCAUUCCAUCUGAAGAGUUGACUAAUCUAAUUGGAGAGCGCUGGAAGGCUUCAGGAAUACUAGCUCUAUCUGCAGGGCCCUUCAUUGAUGAAGCGGUCCAGCUACUCAAGGAUGGAAUUGAUUUGAUAGUUGAUGCAGACGAAGCACUUAAUAACUUGCUAUCUUUUCCCUUGCAUUCUACUUUACAGAGUGAUGAAGCUAAAUCUAUCUUAGAAGAUAAGCUUUCUGAAUUUUCAGCCAACCUCUUGGCUGCCUAUGAUAGUGGUGAAGUCAUGGCCGCACUUGAAGAAGGUCAUGCUGGCUGGCAGAAGUGGGUGAAGGGUUUUGGCAAAUCACUUGAACGCAAGGGAAAAUCUCUUUUCAUGCCUCUCCGACUCUUAUUGACCGGAAAACUUCAUGGACCAGACAUGGGGGCUAGCAUAAUAUUGCUCCAUAAAGCAGGAGUGACUGGUAUUGUGGCUCCAGAAGUUGGAUUCGUUACACUGGAUGAAAGAUUUAAAAUGCUCCGACAGAUUAACUGGGAAACAUUAUCAAAAGAUCAGUCUCUGAAAGAGACGGCAUCGGUUUGAAACUAAGAAUUCACAUUCUGGGAUUUAUUUAGAUGUGCAAGAUUCUACAAUUUUGUUCACUCCUCUGUUGUACCGUUUGUUCUGCAGGAGCUGUCCAUUUAUGUUACCAACUUGUAUAAUUGCGAUUGCGUUUGCGACCUGAAUAAAAUAUUUGAUCUAUUUUUUAGUGAAGAGGCAAUUGAUUUGUUUGGCUGGAAGAGUGAUUCUUCUGGUCAGGCAUUCGUCAUGGUUGCAAUUUGUUCUAAUGAAAUUACAAAGUGUUCGGUUGGAGUUGUUGACAAUUUAAAUUGUUGAUUUGUCUUU